AUGUCAUUAUUUUCAAAAAAAGAAUAGAAGAAAUUACCUACAUAAUAUUUGGAAUUUGAUUCACUUGCUGUUAAAAAGUAUAAUUAUGACUCAAAGAAAGCCAAUGAUUAGUCUAUAAAACAAGAAUAGUAUAUAAAUGAUUUAAGAAAAGCGUAUGAAUUCCAAAAAAAAUUAGUUAUGACUAGUAAAGAGUUGAAAUUGAACCCAUCUUUUCAAAAAUUGAGAUACUAUAAGUAGAAAGAAAAUAAUUAAUGGAUGAAGUUGAACAAUAUAAAAUGAGUCAAAUGGAAAUUCUAAAGAAGUAUGAAGGUGAAUAUUAGGAAAAAGAGAAACUUAACAAGGAAUGCUAAAAAUACAAAUAAUAAAUUUUAGCUCUUUAAAAAAUGUAAAUGCCUUAAGAGUUUUAAGAAAAAAAAUGUCAGGAAUUAAAAGAAUCUUUAUUUAAUACUAUAAAAGACAUUAUGAAUGACUUUUUGGAAAAUUAUAAUGAUUUAGUAGGGUAUGAUAAUGAUGAUUAAGGUAUUAAUACAAAAUAAAUCAAGAAUCUAAAACAUUGUUUCAUGAUUUACUUUAAUAGAUUGAUGACUCUAUAUUAAUGUUUGUUGAAAAUCUACCAGCCUAAUCCAGUAGACAAUACUAAUCUGAGGAAGUUCAACAUUUAAAGGAUUAAAUAGAAAAAACAUUAUAAAUUGUAUCUAAUUUGCAAUCUGAAAAUUAAGACUUAGUUAUGUCAUUAGAAUCUGAAAAAUAACUUAAAGAUAAAAUUAAUAAUCAAAAGAAUACUUAAUAAUAAUUAGUUAGUUAAUUGUAAAAUUAAAUUGAACAAUUAAAUAAUGAGAAAAAGAUUGUUGAUCAAUUACUUUAAGAAAUUUAAUAUAAAUAUUAGGAAUUGUAAAAAGAAUUUUAAAAUGUGAAUUAAAUUAAGGAAAAUGAAAAAGAAAUGCUAAAAGGAGAAUAUAUAGUUUUGGUUAAUGAAUUAUAAAAAGAAAUUCAAAAAGUUUAAUAAGAAAAUUCUAAACUAUAAUAAUAAAUUGAAGAGAAGAGUGUAGAACUAAUUCAAUAAACUGAAUUAUUUAAUAAUAAACUUAGAGAUUUGGAAACAAAAUUAAAUCAUGAAGAACUGAAAUAAGAAUAAAAAUGUAAAGAAGUAUGAUUAUUUAUAUUAUAUAGCUACUCAGAAACGAAAGAGAAUUAAAUUAAUAUAAGUCAGAAGCAACAUAAUUAUUUUAAAAAAAUAAUCUAUUACAACAAUAAUUAGAUUCCUUGAAAGAAAAAAGAAAAUAAGAAAAAGAAAUAUUUGAUGAUUAAAAGGAAAAAUUUAAAUCAAUGAAAUCAUAAUUAUAAUAGCAAGAAUCAGAAUAUUAAACUAAAAUUACUUAACUUGAAGAAUAAAUUUUAUUACUUCAGUAAAAAACUGAAAGCACAGUUUCAUCAGAAAUUUCUAUUAAUCCAGAAAUAGUUAUGGAAAAAGAAUUAUAAAUGUCAAAAUUAGAAUAAGCUAUUUAAGAGUAAUAUAUUAAUUAAUAAUAGACUAACUUAAAAAAACAGUGAAUUAAAAUAAAAGAUGGUUGAAAAUAAAAUUUAAAUUAAUGAUUUAAAUCACGAAUUAGAAUAAUAGAAAAUCACCAAUCACUAGCAUCUAGACAAAAGAGCAGUUGCCUUAAGUGAAUUAAAUCGUUUAGAACAAUAAAAUUAACUAUUAAAAUAAGUACUAACCUUUAUUAAUUUAGAAACUCAAUGAUCUAAAUUCAAUUAAUAAAUAAUUAUAAAUAGAAAAUCAAUAAAUUUCUUAAAUGAUUAAACACUCAAAGUAAUAACCUGUUACAAAUAUGCAAAAAUAAAUUAUGAAUUAAAGCAUUUCAAAAACUCCUAUGGCGGAAGCAAAUAAUUUAGAUUCAUCAAUGAUAUCUGAUGUUGAGAGUUAAAUUUCUAAAAAUUCUAAGACUCCUUCCAUAUUAACAAAAGGCUUAAAUUAUUUUAAACCAAAAGCUUAACCCAUUUAAUUUGUAGUAUUUAUAUGUAAUUAGAAAAGUAGUAAGAAAAUUCAGAUAUGAAAAUUGCUGUGACUAUGAUACAUAAGUAGACUGAAGAUUUGAAAUAAAAUUUAGAAUAAUUGUAUAAAUGUUUUUUGUCUACAGUUAUUCUAACUUAAAGCAAUGAGGAUGCUAAAUUUAUUAAGUUUGAAAGGGAAAUAAAUGAAUGUUUGAAGAAAACUUAAGAUUUGACUGAUAAUAUUGAAGAUUUUUUGAUAUAAUGA